GUCCGAUCUCGCCCUGCCUUGUAGAAUUACACCCAGUGGGCGUGUUGUUCUGCUACUUCUGAUUGUGGUGUUGAAAUCGUUGUUAAUGAUGAACAUGAUACUAGCGCGGAGGCGUGCUUGGUGGUGUAUCACUUCAUUCAGUCCAGUCUGCUCUGUUAUAACUGGCUAGAGUGUGUGAUGAUAUGCAGUUAUUACUCACUACUGUAAUUGCAAGGAACACGCCAACACACAUGAAUUAACAAGAAAAUGAUAUGCUGUGCAAGCGAAUUCACCUUCCAGCAACAUGUUGAUCUUUUCACUGCCGCUUUUGAAGCUUACAUCGGCGGCACCAAAGCAUUUGACACCGAGGUGCUAUAUAAUCUAGUUAUGUUGAAUCAUAUCUCUCUUCCCCUGAGCUCGGUCUACUGUGACGAGCAAGGCAAGCCUAAGAGCGCCUGCAGAUAACUCCUGCCCCCCCGUCGACGUAGCUGAAUGCAAAUCUGGACCACUGCCCUGAUUGGUCGGGAUAAAUACAAAAUACACCCUCAAAGGCCCCGCAAGCCAAUCAACGACUGACUUAUCGCAUAGUCCUACUCCUUUAGGAAACGGACUGAGCUGGGCUCUGUUGAAGUACAUAUCUGGAGCAAUUUCGCAGCGGAUGUUGGCAAAGGCGAGAAAAUGUACGCUCUCCGCGCAGGAAAGUCGCCCUGCUUCUGGAAGACCGCCCCACGCUCCCACGCUCCCUCAAGAGCCUCAUGAUAAUCCUGCAUUUUGCCGCACCACCCUCGGGUUGUUUAUGCAUAAACGAGGCGGCCCACCGCGAACGACGCCCCCAAGUAUAGAUCCAGGGGCUUAUACCCGCCGACGACAAUUGACAACAUCCACCACGCUCUGAGUUUCAAAACAUGGGUGACAGGCGCUUUCUCUGCGGACAUAAACCCGGAUCCGCUGCGGCUGGGAGUCAUGCCCUGUCAGGCUUCCUGGCAGCGACAAGGGCAUAACUGUCUGUUGCCGGCCACAGGAGCCCAAUGCGGCAAGCCACAGAAACUACUUGCCGGAUAAUAAGUAAGCGGAGAGAUGAACGGGACAAGCAGGCAUUGCAUAUGUGACAGGGGAGUAGGAAGUUUGAGCUACAAGUAUAGACAUGUAGCCUUUUCCGUCGCGUGCAGGUGCAGCCAGACGAUCUGUGGUAUAUCUUAUACACUACAGUCUAUUCAGAAAUGCGCUCUCAUCAGCAUAUCGCCGCCCUCGCCCUCGUCGCCGCAGCUUCUGCGCAGGACUGCGACUAUGGCAAGGGCCACAACUGCAUCAAAGCGCAGACGACAGCCUCGGUCGCCCUUCCCAUUCCCACGCUGUUCCCCUCAGCCAGCCCCCCGACCUUUGUCUACGCCAUCGACGACCUCGACCACGCCGACAUCAUCGCCAUCACCGCCAACAACAACGGCGUCAAAGUCCCCUCGGCCUCUGCCAACGGCCCCAUGCAGGCCGUGUCUUGGUGGUUCUCGUACGACAACGGCACGGUGAACCUCGAUUCCAAGCAGGAGCGCGCCUACACGGCGUGGGCGCUUGAGUCCAACUCGACGAGCGACCUCGGCGGCGCGGACGGCGGCUGCGAGGGUCUGCUCGGCGCCGACUGCGUCGCAGACCUCAAGACGCUCUUCACCGACAAGAGCACGCUCCAGAUCGGCAGCACUGCUGCCUCAGGCGCGCUGUUCAAGUUCUUCGCGACGCCGCCCAAGAACCUACGCUGCCCAAGCAUCUUCUGGGGUGACGGGUCGGGCAGGGAUCUGACGCUGUACGGAACGUCGGACACGCGGCCCCUGGUUCUAAACGCGCAAUGGUUCGCGCGCCUGUCUAGUAAGUUGCUGCUUGGUGCCAAGCCGGUGCCAGGUAACGCAUCCUACACGCAUGGCAUGACCGCGAUGCGAUUCCGCUCCUUCGAGAAGCAGAAGGAGCUCGCCAUCGUCGCCUUUUCGCUCGGGUACCCCGCUGGCGGGCCCGGCGACCGCGCCAACAACACGCUGAGCAUGGCGUGCCUGCGCGCAGGUGCAGCGGCAAAGGACAGCACCGGCGGCAGCGAGAGCUCAGGGGACAAGAAUAAUUCCGGUGCUGCGUUGGGCAUCAGCAUGGGUGCCAUGGCUACGGCCGCUAUGGUGCUGUUGCUCAGCAUGUAGGAAUAGGUUAUGCGACGGAGCAUUGAAAACAAUGUCACGAUGUAUAACUCGGGCUGUGCGAGACAUGUCGACAGGAAUAAAGCGCCAAAUGAUAGACUUUCUCAGCACAAAAGCACUACGUAGCCGCACAUUAACACUAAGCAAAGGCGUAUCCGGGAUGCCCGAGUACCGUUGCAGUGCUUCCACAUCGAUCGCGGAUGGCUUAUGUAGUUUGAGAACAAGUUGGGACAUCAUUAUUUGUUCUGUGUAGAUUUGGUUUGAGAAUCAUCAGCAGUCGAUUUAAAACGAUUCAGCUCAACAUCAACCGCCAGGUCAGACGGUCGUCGGCUGCUGCCGGGAUCGGUUCGCCGGCCCGCCAUUCCCAGCGGCGCCCGCCCGUCGCGCGUGAGCUUGAAGCCGUUGCGGCUCAGCAGCUUGUGCCUGGUCUGCAGGUGGACUGCGCCCUGGGGUGCAUCGUUGGGGAUGUCAAUGACGUGACCUAGCGCAUCGGCCCCAAGCUCGCGUGACGCGGCAAUGACAUGGUCGAGCAGCGUCUGCCCGGUCUCGGGCGUGCGCUCCCAGUCCGUGUCGAACAGGACAAAGUCGGUGGGCUUGUCGUGGCCGGGCCGCGUCCACAGGGCGAUGCUGCCCGUCACUUUGCCGUCGCGUUUGGCCAGGAAACACCAUUCGGGCCUGACGCACCCGACUUUGAGCAGCUUGGUGAGAGCAGCGGCGGUGUCGGCGUUGCGCUUGGCGUCAGCUGUGGUGUAGAGGUUGGGGAUCUCGUCCGGUCGAGCUGGGCGGAUCAUGGUGCGUGUCGUUUGAAGGAGCAAUUGAUUGAUCGCCAAGCUCAAAGGUGAAAAGACAUAUGGUAGUCCCGCCAGGUCGCUGGAUUAUAAAGGGCUCUCCGCUUGUCCCACCAUCAGCCUUAUGCUGGAUAGGUACUUUUGUGACUCAGCGGUUCAGCUACCAGUCAUGGAUAUCCAUCUUUUGGCACAUUUCAAAAAGCAUCAAUGGCUGUGUAUUGUGGCCCAGGCCGGGCUACGAAGACGCUGGAGUGAGAAUAUAGCUGUUGAAACACAAGCCGGGCAAUAUGACUAUGUUUCGGGUGCGAGCAAAGUUCUUCUGUCCUCACGGUUGGCCGGAUUAGCGAAUCGGUGAGUCCCAGGAAAGCUCUUAAUUAGCCUUGACGGUGCAGCGGAUCACUCUAGCUCGCCCACGUUGCCAUCUCAGCAGCCCCACGGAUCCAAAACUACAGUAGCGAACAACAAAAGGACAUUAUUAUACAGUGUGGCUGUUAUUUCGUGCCCUAGAAAUGGCGUGGCCCAGGAAGUGGAUAUGCCCAACUUGUGAAAGGUUAUGAGAUGACAAUGCAUAACGCAGCGUUCCUAGCCAAAGAGAAUGACGAUUUACGUAUCGCCAAUGGACGGAAUAACAAAAAACAACAGAAAUGACGGCGGAG